CAGAAACCAAAACUUGCCACUGAGUGAGACUCGCUACGGUGUUCGCCCCUCCACUUAGCUUCCGUUGAGGGCCACGUUGAGAUUGUACGAGAGUUGUUACGGGUGAACACCGAUGUCUGCAUUGCUCGUGAUCAGGAUGGUAGAAUCCCUCUCCACUUGGCAGUCAUGAAAGGGCGAGUUGAGGUCAUAUUAGAACUACUUCGAGAUGAACCGGAGUCGAUUCAUGAGAAACUAGCCAAAGGGGAGACUGUUCUGCACUUAUGUGUCAAAUGUAACAGACUAGAGGCUUUCAAGACACUGGUGCAAUAUUUGCACAACAACCACAUGGAGUUUCUUCUAACCGCUGGAGACGAUGAUGGCAACACCAUCUUGCAUCUUGUUGCAGCCCUCAAACAAAAGAAUAACAUAGAAUACUUAAUGGAAAUAAGGAGUGUCAAAGACCACGCCAACGUUAAGAACAAGAAUGGUUUUACAGCUUUGGAUGUUAUGGAGCACUGUCCUAACAGAGACCUAAAAGCUAUGGAAAUUCGAGAGUUUCUUUUACAAGUUGGUGUUCGUAGAUUUGUUUGCAGUGAGCAGGAGCCCACGCUGAAUCACCUCCCAAUAAUCCUCCUCCUCAACGUUGUUGUAUUUCUUGGUUUUGGAAUAAGUAUAUCAAGGUCGACAAUGAAUUCCUCCAAGAGUCAACUAAGAGAGACGAGAGCACAUGCACAUCAGUACACCCCUGCUCCAUAG